AUGAGUGUAGUACAAGGUGGACUGAGCAAGCUGAAGAAGAAACACAUUGGAGUGAAGAGACAGAAGGUUAAGUUGUUCCGUGCCAAUGAGCCGCUGCUGUCUGUUCUCAUGUGGGGUGUGAAUCAUACGAUUAAUGAAUUGAGCCAUGUAACAAUACCAGUGAUGCUACUUCCUGAUGAUUUUCGAGCGUAUUCUAAAGUCAAAGUCGACAACCAUUUGUUUAACAAGGAGAAUAUGCCUAGCCAUUUUAAAAUCAAAGAAUACUGUCCAUUGGUGUUUCGUAAUCUGAGGGAACGUUUUGGUAUUGAUGAUUUGGAUUACAAAGAGUCAAUGACAAGGUUCUCUGAGGAAAGCAGCUACUGUUGUCGCAAAAGUCAAAGCAAACCUAUUAUGAUGUACAACAGGAGAUCCUUGACUACUCCUAAUUUACAUAUGGAAACAGCUAACUAUAAGCCUAAGAAAUUGAAAGUUAAUUAUUCUGAAAUUAAAAGAAGGUAUACGAAUGAGGACUAA